AAGCACAGAAAAUGGAGCCGUUCUGGCUGAUCUUGCUGCCUUUCCUUUUACUCCUAAGCGGGACUGAGUUUAGCCUUGCGGAAAAAGGAGAACGAUGGCAGAAAUAUCUCAGUAAGAUCGCCGCGGCAACCAAGCAGUACCAGCCAUGCAGUCAGGAGAACUGCAGCUGUCACAUUAGCGUCCUGAAAAGCGAUCUGUUGCCAUUCCAAAACGGCAUAUCAAAAGAGCUGAUAGCAGACACAGUGCGACGUGGUGUGGGGACACAUUACCAGAUCAUUGGACACAAGCUAUACAGAGAACAGGAAUGCAUGUUCCCAGCAAGGUGCAGUGGGGUGGAGCAUUUUAUCUUAACAAUGGUUGACAGAUUACCUGACACCGAGAUGGUGAUCAAUGUGCGGGACUACCCUCAGGUGCCUCAAUGGGUUCAACCAGUGCUUCCUGUGCUUUCCUUCAGCAAGACGCCAGAGUACUGGGACAUAAUGUACCCUGCCUGGACAUUUUGGGAGGGAGGCCCUGCUGUGUGGCCCAUCUACCCCACUGGACUGGGUCGCUGGGACCUGAUGAGAGAGGACCUGAAGAAAUCAGCAGCUCAGUGGCCCUGGAAAAAGAAAUAUUCCAAAGGGUUCUUCAGAGGCUCCAGGACCAGUUCAGAGAGAGACCCUUUGAUCAUGCUUUCCAGGGAGGCUCCCGAUCUGGUGGACGCAGAGUACACCAAGAACCAGGCGUGGAAGUCUGCAAAGGACACUUUGGGAAGACCCCCAGCCAAAGAAAUUCCUCUGGUUGACCACUGCAAAUACAAAUACCUGUUCAAUUUUCGAGGGGUAGCAGCCAGUUUCCGCUUCAAGCACCUAUUUCUCUGUGGUUCCCUGGUGUUCCAUGUAGGCAAAGAGUGGGUGGAGUUUUUCUACCCGCAGCUCCAUCCCUGGGUGCACUACAUCCCUGUCAAACAAGACCUCUCAGACCUCGGAGAUUUGCUGCAGUUUGUCAAGGAAAAUGACGAAGUAGCAGAGGCUAUCGCAAUAAGGGGGCAGCAGUUCAUCGAGGAUCACCUCCGUAUGGAGGACGUGACCUGCUACUGGGAGAGGCUCCUCACUGACUACAGCAAGCUGCUCCAGUACAAACCCAAACGCAAGUCCAGUUACAGCCAUGUCAGCAGCAAGCCCAACAGGAAUGAACUUUGACCUGCUGCACUAUACUACUCCAUAAAAUGGAACAUGUCAUGAUUUCCUUCAUCCGGCCAUCUAAUUCGCACAUAUUUUUGGUGCUGGUUUAUAUGUGCAGGAAUUUUUUAACCAGUGUGCUUCAGUGACCCAAAAAAAAAAAAAAAAAAACCUAUGAAAUGAAUGUGUAAUUUUAUGAAUUCUGUCUCAAUAGAAUGCAAAAUAUUGUUACAUUAAGAUAGCGUUGUUUUAUUUUUGUAACAAAUAGCCACAAUUCUGUAAUUUUUAACUUAGCUGUCUGAUCUGAGACCAGUGUCAUUUUUUAACCUGUUCUGGAGGUAGUCAACAUCAGCAAGAAGAAAUUAAGCUAGUUUUUGUUGAGAAUGUACUGCCGCCUUCUGUCCAUUAAGUGGAAAAGCAUCCUUAUGAAUGUAAUGCUAUGUUUAGUUUUUAGUCUUUGUCAGUGGACACUAACAACAAAUCAAUCACUGUAGGAGGGCUGUAAUGAAUACUAGUAACAUUUGGUUUUAAGCAGUUGCCAAAUUCAACAUGUAGGUGCCACAGAAACAUGAAUGUGAUGCAUGUUAAUUUGACCCUGCAAAUCACAUCUACAGUCUUUCAUAUAGAGGUUGUGAUCUACAGGCAUAUGGGCACUGAAUAGGAUCUAAUAUUCUAAAAUUAUGUUAAUAGGUCUUAGUUUGCGUUUAUCACUGUCAAUGAAUUAGAUUUUCACUGUCAAUGAAUUAGAUUUUUCACUAUUUUAUCACUUGAACAAAGGCAGGGGCAGAGUUAUUUGAGCAGUUAAGGUACUGGACUAGUACUGGACAAGCCCCAUCACGGCCAAGUUGCCAUUGUUAGGUAACUGAACAAGGCCCUUAGCCCUCAAUUGCUUGAAUUGUACUUGGUCACAAAUGUAAGUUGCUUUGGAUAAAAGCAUCAGUUAAAUGCCAUAAAUGUAAAUGCAGCAGGCCAAAAGCCAAAUUAACAAUAAAUGGUUAAUUGCAA